AUGGGCGCAAUACCGCUGGCCGUGCCGCCAUCCAUGCUCGAGCUGCAGCAGCGACGGCGCGGCAAUUUAGGGCUGCAUAACGCGGUGGCACGCGGCGACAUCGGCUCAAUCAGCUACGCGCUGCUUGGCGGACAGCCCAUCGACAGUGUCGAGCGUGGGCUGCAGGCGAUCCAUGUGGCAGCGGCACAAUCGGACACAAUGGUGGUGGACAUCGACGCCAAAACAACGGUAUACACGAAGCAGCGGGUGGCGGUGCCAGAGCUACGCAGCCGUGGCAGCAUCUCGUUGAUCCGCGAGCUGGGAACCAGCGCGAUCUCGAGCCCGAUGAGCUUCACGUCAGGGCUCAACGCCAUGGAGGGGCACGAGCCAUUGCAAGUGACGCCUGGCAUGGAGACAGCAAUGGAGACGUGGUACUGCGGGGCGACGCCGCUGCAUUUCGCAGUGGCCAAUAAGCGCAUGCUGGUGGUAGGGCUGCUGGUAGCACACGGGGCGUCGCUGGAUAUCCAGGACUCAUAUGGAAACACGGCCGAGGCGCUGGCUGAGGCGCGCGGUGACGCGGAUGUGGUGCAUCUGCUGCAGCUAGGAGCGCAAACGGCGGCAGACAGACUUGCUGUGCAAUUUUCCCUGGCGCACGUGAGCCGCCACCUGACAACACUGCCAUCCGAGCCACCGCAGGAGCCACUGGCCGUCGCCAUUCCGUCGCCCAAGGUACCGUCCAUCCGGCGCCAUACGUCGGGGGAGGCCGACAGCAGCUACAUGCCAUUUGCGUACUCGCCAGCAUCGCCCACCACGCGCCAGAUGAAGCACCGGAACACAUCGCCCAUUGGCGUACGCCCACUAUCCAUCACCAACUCCAUGUACUAUGCCGAGCAGCAAGCCAUGCGUAUGCGCCCGCAGUCGGCCGAUGCCGCCCACGCUGAGGCCAGCAAGCCCGAGAACCCGGUGCGUCGCCGUCCGGGUCAGAUAAAGCACAUCAGGCCGGAUCUGCCAGUGAGCCGCAGCUCGAGCACAAACUCGCGCCGCGAGCGCUCCUACACUGACUCGGUGAUUGAAAGCGCCUGGCAUAGCUUUCUGCGCAAGACCGAGGAGUCCGAGUCGGAGCAGAAUGUGCACAAGAUUGUCGCUGGGAUGCAGGACUGCGGCGAGGAGGCGCCGCUGGCCGAGCUGUGGAUGUGGAAGCAAGCCGCCAUGGCCGUGCGGAACCGCCGCAGCCACUCGCUCAAUGUCACCACGGUGCCGCGCAGCUCGUCUGACGAUUACGUCGCCGACGGGCGGAGCGCAUUCGUGCGCCCGUCGCUCUCAAACCUUCGCUUCGAGCAGACCUAAAUCCUCAUUUUGUAGAUAUAUGAUUCAUUUAUUCAUCCUCCUUUUGCUACGGAGCCGCCGGAGCUGUUCGGCCAGCCAUGGGCCAACCAAAGCCAUGUAAAUGCCCACGUCCCAAGAAUAGAUGC